GCCAGUAAACCUGCCUAGUGCUAAUCUCAGCUAGCCAUGGAUUUCCGCGGAAACGCUCAGUACAGUCCUCUCUACCCUCAACCUACUAUGCCAGCUCCGUCAAUGUACGGAACGAAGACAGAAGUGUUCCUGCAGACCGAGCGCAGCGGCUCUCCCUUUGCGCGGAUGCCUGCGUCGCCGCCUACCUUCACAGAGGUUACGAUUACCCAACCUACCAUCGUUCGCACGACCACCAUCAAGGUGCCGAGGACCUUGGCGCAGUGGACCGCCGAGGCCCGAGCAAACACAGCUGACUUCCAACAGAAAGGGUCCCUGACUCCGUUUGCUUGGGUCUACGUCGAAGGGCACAACAUUCCCUCGAGCGCCGUCGUCGCCGGAGAUGAGCGUGGCAAGCCGCUCUACGUGGCACGGACCUUCUUUGAAGGAACCCUGCAGAUCGGAAAGGCUGGCCAUCAUUUGAGGCUUGGCGCAUCCAUACCCCUCAAGGGUCGCGAAGUCGAUGUUGCGGCCUACGAGAUCCUCGUCGCGGCGCAAACGCCUAGCCGCUGGAUCUAUCAAGCGUCGGAGUCGGUGUCCGUCCUCGAGAAGCAGAUGGGAGACCUCGGCAUCGGGAGCACCAACGUGCUCCUGCAACGCCACCUCAAGGAGAUCAAAGUCGUCGUGAUCGUCGACGACUCCAUGUCGAUGGAGGGUGAAUCCUGGCUCAACGCGGGCGAAGCACUUGCAGAUGUUGCGGAAAUGGCAAGGAUGUACGAGGCGGACGGCAUUGAUAUCUACUUCCUGAACAACAAUCGCUCCCUCCUUGACGUACGGAGCAAGACGGACGUCCGUGGUCUUUUCCAGGACGUUCUUCCGGAAGGUCAGACGCCGACCGGCCAGAAGCUCUCCGAAGUCCUCAACAGGCACAUCCCAAAGCUUAAGGAACAAGGCUCGAAGCCGACUAGCAUCAUCGUCAUCACUGACGGUGUCCCGACUGACGACCCCGAGGUGGUCAUCGUCGAUGCCGCUCGCCGCCUUGAAGCAAACGGGAUUCCUGCGCGUCAGCUCGGCAUCCAGUUUGUGCAGAUCGGUGACGACCCCGAUGCGACGGAGGCUCUGAAGGAACUCGAUGACGGCCUCGAGUCCAAGUACGGCAUUCGCGACAUCGUUGACACGACGCUCUACGAUCCCCAUGCGCCCAUCUUCCGCACGGAGACCCUCGUCAAGAUCUUGCACGGCGCAAUCCAGAAGUCUCUCGACAAUAGUGCUGUUCCCGGGAGUGCGUCCCUGCGGUACUAAAGGCUAGAGGGUGGGGUUUGCACUGCUGUUCUCUGCCUGAAUUGGCAGACAAUUUGUACAAGUCGUUGAUCGUGAAUCAAACGCAGAGGGUGUUUGACCAUCGA